UGCGACGACUACAUCAACGGCUGUAAGUCCACCCUUUUUUAAAUUCGAACUACCCCAGACUACAACCCCUCCAAUUGAUAAAUCCAACUUUCCUUCUCGCACUCACACCAUCCAUAGGCACGACCAGUUUCCACAAUGUCUUCUCAACCACCUCACUCGACCCUCCUCAUCCCGGGACCCAUCGAGUUCGACGAUGCCGUCCUCCAGUCCAUGAGCCACUACAGUGAGAGCCAUGUCGGUCCCGGUUUCGUAAACACCUUUGGCGAGACGCUUUCCAUGCUGCGCCAGCUCUUCAUCACCAAGGACCCCUCGGCGCAACCCUUUGUCAUCUCUGGCUCCGGUACCCUCGGCUGGGACCUCGUCGCCGCCAACCUUGUCGAGGCCGGUGAGGACGUCCUGGUCCUCGCCACCGGCUACUUCAGCAAUGGCUUCACGGACUGCUUCAAGACCUACGGCGCCAACGUCACCGAGCUGAGAGCUCCCGUCGGAUCCCGCCCCCAGCUCCCCGAGAUCGAGAAGGCUCUGUCCGAGAAGAAGUACAAGGUCCUGACCGUUACUCACGUCGACACGUCCACCGCCGUGCUGAGUGAGCUCAAGGAGUUGACCGCCUUGGUCAAGAAGGUCUCCCCCGAGACCCUCGUCAUCGUCGAUGGUGUCUGCAGUGUCGGUGUUGAGGAGAUACAGUUUGACGAGUGGAAGCUCGAUGGUGUCAUCACCGCCAGUCAAAAGGCUAUUGGCGUCCCCGCCGGUCUGUCGAUUUCCAUGUUCAGUGGUGCGGCCAUGAAGGCGUUUGCCCAGCGCAAGACUCCCCCGGCGUCGUACUUUGCUUCGUUCAAGAACUGGACCCCUGUUAUGCAAAACUACGAGGCCAAGAAGCCCUCUUACUUUGCGACACCCUCGCCCCAACUGAUUCACGCCCUGCACACCGGCCUCACCCAGAUCCUCUCCAAGCCCCUGUCCGAGCGGUUCGCCAGGCACAAGGAGGUUUCCGACAAGGUCAAGAAGGCCGUCGCAGAUCUCGGACUGAAGCAGGUUGCCGCCAACCCCGACGACCAGGCCCACGGCAUGACCGCCAUCUACCUCCCCGACAGCGUCAAGGCGACCGACGUGCUGCCUAGCCUCGCCAAGAAGGGCAUCAUUUUCGCCGGCGGUAUUCACAAGGAGAUUCAGCCCAAGUACAUCCGUUUCGGACACAUGGGUGUCAGCGUGACAGACCCCAACCGCAAGGAUAUCGACAAUGCGAUCAAGGCUUUGCAAGACAGUUUGUUUGAAGUUGGCUACAAAAAGGAGUAGAGAUAAGGGGUUUGGGUUGUAUAGACUGGCUGAGCCCGGGCAAUUAUAUGUUUAUUAGAUCUGGCAUGGCUUAUUCUGACCAAAAUAUGAGGAAGAAAGAAAUGAAAGCUGAAACAAAUUUGUAGAAAGUCACAAUGAUGGCCAGGGCAAGCAGCGCU